AUGGAUGAUACAAACUUUAAUGCUAUUUUUAAUUCUUAUUUAUCGACUCUAAUAUAUACUCACGCUUUUAAACAAACAACAAAUGAUCUGGCUUGUGCCAGUAAUUUUAAUGAUUUAAAUGAUUUAAAUGCUUCUUCUUCUUCAUUACAGUUCCAGGCCUUUAAACAAACAAUAAAUGAUCUGACUUGUGCCAGUAAUUUUGAUGACCUGAACACUUCUCUUUUAUAUUUGUUGCCACAGUUUCAGGCUUCUGAACAAGCAAUAAAUAUGGCUGAUAUGAAUUACGAAGAUGUAUUUUAUAUGAUAAAUGCUUUUUCAUCUCUAUCAUCUUCGUCUCAGGCUUUUGAACGAUCAAAAAAUAUAACAGAUGUGAAUUUUGAAGAUAGGAGAAAUGAUUUUUCAUCUUUCUCAUCCUCACUUCAUGUUUAUAUGACUUCUGAGAAAACAAAUAAUAUUGAAAUGGAAUGUGAAUCUACUUUUUAUAAGAAUAUAAAUACUUGUUUUUCGUUACAGAUUCAAACUUCUAAGGAAACAAAUAACAUUGAAAUAGAAUAUGAGUCUACUUUUCACAGGAAUACAAAUGCUUGUUCUUUGUCACAGAUUCAAACUUCUGAGAAAACAAAUAACAAACAUGAAUCUACUUUUUAUAAGAAUAUAAAUGCUUCUUGUUCUUUAUCUCAGAUUCAA